GAACAGUGCCACCCUGGCUAGCUCCGAGUCAUGCAUAAGAGAUAACAAGGUGCAUGCUGUGGAUGCAAAUCCCAUCUUUCUAACUUACCUCUCCGACGAAUGUAGAUGGAUUAUUCGGCUGAGGACAUCGCAGCAGCCAGGAUUCUGCAGUACUUGGCAUACAUAUGCACGGCACUCAUUGCAUUCUGGUCCUAUGAUUAUAUAUGUUCGCUUCACGAUGAGUGGACAUUCCUGCUUCGGUCACGCUGGACCAAGGUAAAAUGCCUCUAUAUCAUUGCACGAUACGUGCCCUUUUUCCUUAUUGCUGCAGACAUAUGUCUGACCUUGACCCCGAAUGAGGACCCAAAGACAUGCAAGAUGUUCAUCAAUAUCUACUCAUGUUUUGCAGUGAUAUCACUCACUUGCUCUGAAUGCUUUUUUGUACUCAGAACAUAUGCACUCUGGAGUGGCAAUAGAAUCGUACUCGUAGCCAUGCUGUCGACUUUUUUUGCUAUCAUUGUAUCAUUCACCGCUAUUUGGUUUAGGGCUGUUGCCACUUCCCGAUAUUUUUCGACUAGCGAGAUCUCAGGCAUCCCAGGCAUCGUAGGCUGCUACCGGACUUCGAGCAAUGUCAAAUUAUACCUGCCGUUCAUUCUCUUGUUCGUGUUUCAACUGGGACUAGUCUCCCUUACACUCAUACGUGCUAUGCGGAACUGGCAGUCGACCAGAUACUCUCUCUAUGCUACCCUAGUGAAGCAUAAUAUAUUCUACUAUGCAUGCGGUCUGCGUAAGUCAUUUGUGUCCAUGCUCAUCGUAAUAUUUCCCGAUUCCCCAUACCACUCCUUCCUUGAAGAUUUCGAGGUCUUUAUACUUUCAAUCCUCGCCACGCGGAUGCACCUCCAUCUCUGGCAUAUUGACAAUAAUACGCACGAUGUUUUCGUGUCCAUUCCCAUGUCUCCCAUAUCACCCAUGUCACUAGUGUAACGUCUUAUCGCGUGACUUGUUCGGUGUUGGUUGCAGAGUGAGGUUUGGACUUAACGCGAUCAAUACCCCGAUAUUGCAGAGCCCACACUGCAAAUCUGUUUAUAGAUAGUUCAUGAAUUUAAUACAAUACUUUAACACAUGUACGUGUGUAGGAAUCUAUCAUCUGAAAUGGAUAUAGUAUGUGCGCAACAUUGGGUUUCUGUGGGGAGGGUACAUCAGCUACCUCCACUGCAAUGUCAUGAUGGAUGGUUUGCUGAGACAGCGCAAGAUCUAUCAACGAGGUGGUCAUCCUUUUGCAGUAACUCCUUCAGAGCCGAAUAUCUUGCCUCCGUCGGCGUGUGGGGCGCUCGAAACCUAGAGAAAUGGCGUAUUGAAGCAGCCAGCCUUUUCCUAUUAGAUGACCACAGAAUUGAACCAUAUUAUCGAUGCUUGGAGCUUGAAGGAGAGGAUAUUGGAGCAAAGAAACGAC